GUCAGUUAGACAUAACCACCUUAGCAAAUUGGACCAAAUUAUCAAUUUGCGCAUCUAAAAAGGGGACGACUGUAUAAGAAAAAUGUCGACUUAGUCGACCCGGUUGUGCUCCAGAAUAACAACAAAUAAUAAGUAUGAGAUUGGGGGCACCUAUUGUUCUUUUCUUAUUGAUCGCGUUUGUCGGCGAUUCGCUGGGUCGUAGGGGGAGGCCCAGGACCAGGACCAAAUCCAAGUUUCAAAUUGGACUUCCGAUCACUGGAAAAUACCGCGACCCCGAAUCCGACAAAUAUUACAAUAACAACAAUGGAGCGAAAAUAGUGUUGGCAUCGCAUUUCGACUAUGAAUAUGUCCUGGGUCACAAAAUAGCGUUUAUCUGCGUGGCGAGAGGAAACCCCCGGCCCCAUAUCACGUGGUACAAGGACGGAAGCGAAAUCUUUACCCACUUAUAUUUACACAUUCACGAAUGGCAAAUAGGAAGAGAUAAAAUAAAGAGCAAAUUAGAGAUCGAUCCGGCAACGCAAAUGGACGCGGGUCUAUACGAGUGCACGGCGGACAAUAUGUAUUCGAUCGAUAGGCGAUCCUUCAAAACUGAUUUCAGCAUUGCCUUUGAUUAGUUAAUUAACUGAUUAACAGCAUCGAAAAGUAAUCGCAAAUUAUACUUUUGAGUUAUAAUAAAUAUCGUUCAACUUUUUACGUUCCAAUAAAAUUUUCAUCUAAAAAAUAGAUCA